CUAUCUCUUUGAUCAUCUUUCUCUACUGUAAAACCCCAAAAAAAGAAGAAAACAAGAAAACAAAAAUGCAUUCUUCUCUUCUUUUCUCUUUCUGCCUUCUUUUCUCCUCGGUCUCUGCUUUUAACAUUACCAAAAUGCUGAACCAAUAUUCCGAUUACGGAACCUUUAACGAUUUAUUAUCGAAAACGAGAAUAGCUGAAGCCAUUAACAGCCGCAGAACAAUUACAGUUCUUGCCGUCGAUAACGGUAAUCUGGGCGCGCUUACCGGAUAUUCAACGGACGUUCAAAAGCAUAUCUUGGAUCUCCAUGUCGUCUUGGAUUACUAUGAUGAAACAAAGCUUAAAAAUAUAAAGAAGAAAAGUGCAUUGCUUACCACCCUUUAUCAGUCUACUGGGUCAGCCAGAGGCCAACAAGGGUUUUUGAAUGUAACGAACGAUGGUGGUUCGAUUCGUUUUGGUUCUGCUGUUAAAGGUUCUGGGCUCAACGCCAAUUUGGUUGGAUCCGUUACGUCACAGCCUUAUAAUAUUUCCGUUUUGCAAGUUAGUAAUAUUAUUAUUCCUCAAGGUCUUGACACCUCAAAUACACCACCACCGGCAAAGACACCGUCGCCAUCAGAAGCUCCAGAACCGUCAGCUGAGACUCCUACACCUGAAGCACAUUCUUCAGUUUCAUCUCCUCCGGCUGGCGAUAGUGCUGACGGUCCGUCUGCUGAUGGUCCCGCGGCGGAUAGUCCUCAGGGCGGUGCAACUGCCAUUGGUGGGGCAGGAAAUUGCAUAUUUGCUGUGAUUUUCAUGGUUUUGUUCUCUGCAUGGGCUAGCUAAGAAGAGGGAGAAAUUGAAGGUCAAUUAGGACAAUAAGAGAGUAGAAAGAUUAGUUCUUUUUGCACUCACCAACUGAGGCUGUGUUGGUUGCUGUGUGCCUCUGUUAAUUUCUGCUACAUGUUUUUUUGGCGCUGGUUUUCUCCAGUUCAGUUCAUUGUUUUGCCUUUAAAACUGUUUCAUUUUGUAAGCCUUCUACCAUAAAUGGAAUCAGAGAUGAGUGCUUGAUUCAUUAGAAAA